AUGAGUGGUGACGGUAAACAAAACUUCUCUGCGAAGCAGGUUACUACCGUCCCGGUGACUGGCAAAACAGAGUCACGACAGCUAGAGGAAGUUGAGCUUCCAAGUUAUACAGCUGACAUUGAACUCAAUGAUGACAAUACACGGCAAUUGUUGACGUGCACGGAUGGAAGAGAACCCCUCAAGCAACAACUCUAA